GUCAAAAUUGUCAAAUUUCUCUUAAAUCGCCUAAAAUCGCUUUAAAUCCCCUAAAAUCGCUUAAAAUCAUGGGCGUACUGGGCGGGGAGUGGGUGAGUGGGUCGGGGUACCGUCCCCCCCCCCCCGCACCAGUUGCUGGCUGGGCGGUCGCUCCCUGGCUUUGUUGGGCAAACAAAGCCAGCCGGGCAAUAUUCGCUCAAAUUCUGUCAAUUUUGUGGGAAAUUCUGUCAAUUAUGUGGGAAAUAUGCUAUCUAAUAGGAAUUUUUUGUAAUCACUUCUCCCCCCCCGUUGACAACAAUUUUGGAUAGUUUCUCCGCCAAAUUUUUUUUGACAACGUGUGCAUAAUCCAAAAAAGUCCGGCAAAUUUCUUUCCAACCCCCUAAUUUUUUCCUUCCCGUACGCCCAUGCUUAAAAUCGCAUUAACUCGCCAACAUGCAUUCUGUUUGAUACAUUCAGUCAAUGAUGUCCUCAAGUUUAUCAAUUGCUGCUAUUUUGCUGGCAAAUCAUGUAUAAUCCAGGUGUUUUGCAAUCAAAAGUAAUGCAACAUGGAUAAAUCAAAUAAGUGGAUUAAGCUGACAAUAUUUAGUCACUCAAUAGGCUCCGGUCGUUAAUAAAAACAGAGCCUUUUUCUGCUUUAUGCAGACUUUACAAUAAUUAGGCAAUUCUGGGAUAUGAAAGACCCAUACAUUCCAUUACACUACCAGUUACUGGUUAAUUUCAUUAUUGGUGUAAAAUGUGGAGGCUGGGCUACAAUUUAUAUGGACUAUGGUGGCUGGGCUACAAAUUAAUCUAUAAUAUACAUGGCUUCUCAAAGCCUAAUUGCUGUUAGAACAACAGUAGGAGACUAUGAUAAUGAGAGUCAAUGAGUUUGAGAGUCAAUGAGUUUGCAAGUUUUGCAACUCUCAUCUAUUAAAUUUUCCAGACCUGUAUAUAAAAUAAACAGUAAAACAAUGAUUACAUCGUACAUACCAUACAAUCUUUGUUGUUGCUUGUUUGCAGAACACUUGACAAGUUAUCAGGUAAAAGACUUAAAACCACGAUGUAGUGCGCGGUGUGCCAUUUGUUUAAUAUCAUUUUGUUUAGUAUUUUUUUAAAAUAAUUUAGAAUUCCGACCAUUUAUAUGCUAUGUACUUCAUGUAAAUUAAACUUUACGGCAUUACGCCGACAGUUUCCGAAUGCGUAACAAUACUGUUUCAAACUGUUUCUGGAUAUAGAUAUCAAACAUAAUUUUAUAAAACAUGCUUGUUGAAACAGUUUAAAUAAAAUGCAAGCUAAAUAAAGAAGUGUUGACAAGAUACAAAACAAGACAAUUUCACUUACAAGGGUGACAAGGUAAUUUAUAGGAAUAUAGCUUUAAUAUUGUAACUGUAUAAAUACAUUGUGCGUUUCUACUCCCUGUGGGCUGUGGUUCUUUUGGAAAUCAAAUAUCUAUUAUAUUUUGCAAUUAAUAAUAUUAAAGUUUAGCCUAAGACAUGUGUAGUUUAGUUAUAGGUUGGCAUUUUGCAAUUAUGUACCGUACAUGCCCCUUAACUGCCUUAAGUAGAGUAUAUUUAUUAACUGUUUACAAUAUUUGUGGUAUAUAAUGUAGCCAUGAAUGACCACAUGACCCCACAGGAUGAACUACAAUGGCUUCUAAAUAAGACAUUGGAUGAAAAGUUCACAAAUAUUGAGCUUUAUAUUUGAUUCGGGUUAAAUACAAUAAUUAUUAACCUAGCUUUAUAUAAAAUGUACAUACAUGUUCUAAUAAUUGUAUUUUGCUUCAUACAAUGCAUAUGUGUGUGAAAACAUUACAUUAUUCAGCUCACUCCCCUUUGGGGCUUUUCAGUCACCGCUUACAUCAAGUAUUAGGAUUACUUAUGUUAGUGUAGACUAUUUAUCUUCAUAACAAUGAGAAUAUGAUAUCACUUUUCUAACUGUGUUUAUUCUAACCCACCCUGCCAUAUUUUGCCUUGUGGGAAGAAACCAGAGCAAAAUAUAAAAUUCAAUUACCUUGAAAACACCUAAAUUGCAAUCCCUAAAAUUUAGAAUUUUCUCCUAAAUCGCCUUAAAUCGCCUAAAAUCGCAUUAUAUCGCAGUGCUUGAAAAUCCCAGUUUUUCCUUAAAUCGCCUAAAAUCGCCCAAAAUCGCAUUAUAUCACAGCGAUUUAGGGCGAUUUACCGCCCCAGAGUAGGCCUUAGGACCAAAGUUGGCUGUACUCUGGACAAAAUCUGCGUUUUAACGACCCACAUUAACGUUGUUGUCUUAUGUGUCGGCAAGUCCAACGCGUUUUUCGCGUGAUGAAUUCGCGCACGCCAUGAUCAUCAGUAGGACCGUGAAACAAAAUAUUAUGAAAUACAAAUAUUCAUACAAUGACUAACAAAUCAUUUGUAACUAGUAAGUACUGCAUUCAAAUAAUAUGCGACGAAUAGAGAGAAUAAUAUAUACAGAAGUACGAUAUGAUAAGAACAUAUGUUCGAUUAUAUGUUGAGUAUAAUAUUCGACACAAGUCUGAGUCAGUUAUAUGAAAGGAUAUUAUAUUCCAACAACAAUAUUUAUUGCGCCCUUAAGAGCUUUAAGAGAAAUAUGUCACUCUUAAGAAUCACCACCCCAAAAAGUUUGAACCAUCCAUACGCUGGGUACUUAUUUGUAUUUCAAAUAUUUUUCUGUGCGUGGGAAACUAAAGAGGAAUCACAAAUCGAUGUUGAAUAACUCAGACCGUAAAAACCCGCAAUAGUGUGUUUUCACAUGACGUCACGGCAUACAUUAAUUUUAUACGCCGCCAUGUUGGUGGAGUAAAGUCCGAAGAUGGCGGCCAGCGAUGCGGAACUAAACGUAAACAGCGAGUCAGAAAAAGUAAUUAUUCAUGAGAUUCCUUUGUCUGAAUAUGCAAAAUCUCUCGAAAGUCUUGUUAGGAAGCGUUAUAUUGAGAAAAUAUCGGUUAUUGGAAUGGAUCCUCUAUUUAUUCCAGAGGAAAAGUUGAGUACCGAAUGCCUUCCUCCUGUAGAAGCAGCCGAUCUUGUAUCGUAUCUUGUUUUGGAAACGAGCUUUUACACGAAAGAUCAAUUCAACAAUUUUAGAAGCUUACAUGCAUACAACCAAAUGGUAUCCGGCUUUGUAACAAGUACUUUAGGUCAGAUGUUUUCUGAUAAAUACGUGGCUGUUGGCAAAGUUCGACACUCACAACGAAUGAAUGAUCCGCCUGUUCAGCUGUCGAUAAUUACAACAAAUGAUGGAACGAUUCUAUCUGCGCAUUGUGAUGGAUGUAUGGCGGGUUUAGGAGAAUGCUGUUCGCAUAUUGCUAGCAUUCUUUUUUACUUAGAAGUCUCGACAAGAUUAAACGAAAAGCUCACAUGUACCCAAGUUAAAUGUUCCUGGAUUUUGCCAACAGCUGUGAAGAAUGUCGAUUAUCUAAGAAUAAAGGACAUACAUUUGACCUCAGCAAAGAGAAUGAAGUGUGACCUCGACAAGACUGCAUGUCAAUUCUUUGGAUCCUGCUGCAUGUACAACUACUGAAACUUCGAAAGUAACUUUGGAGUCUAGCAGUGUUUCUACAAAGGCACACAAGCCAAAGGCCCCUCUCAGUAAACCAUCUGCAAAGGAACUUGAUGCAUUUUACAAAUCGCUCAGUGAGUGUAAAAUUAAGCCUGUUUGCCAUUCCACCUUGCUUGCCUCUGUGUAGUGUAUCUAAGACAUGGCUAUGUCCACAUUGCAGGAAGCUACCAAAGUUUGGCCGUGGUAAGGAAGGGGUGAAAAAGAAUGGGAUCAAGAAGAAUGAUGUAAGUGCAAGUUUCUUCGAAGAAGCUUCUUCUAUGGAAACUAUUUGCUUGUGCAAGAAAAAGGUUAAUUCUGGGCACAAGUUACUGAAUACAUAAAUCUUCGUGGACAUGUAAUCAAUGCAAAUUGGACAAUAUUUGUGCAACAAAGUAUACCAAACCUCAACUAUUUUCAUCUCCUCAGAGUUCU